GUCUCGCAUCUCUCCAGCAGCCAGUAUAUCUAAACUCUUUCCUGCUGGAAGUUCGUGCCUCUUUGCCAGUUCUCUCGCUAAAACAGACGUUUCUAACCAAAUGGAUGCAUACGGUUAAGAUUAACCACCUACCAAGUGUGCAAUGUUGCUCGUGGAUGGGUUUCCUCCAGUCUGUAGUUCCGAUAGCGCAGAGCCAGUCAUGAUGAGCCAUCGCAGGGACUGACUUUCCUGCACUCGGAUCAACUCUCCAGGCAGCGUCGAUGCUGAUUUCUACACAGGUGGUGCUGGCCACGCCGUCCAGGGCCGAGCCGGGCGGAGCGUAGGCUGCCGGGGGCCAUGUGUCGCAGGAGGAGGCUGCUGCCCGUGGGGAGGGUGAAGCUGCUCUGCUCCCUGUACUGCUCCUUAUGGUUCCUCCUGCUGCUGGGAGCCGGCUCCCUGCUGAUCCUCCUGCACCUGCCCGACAUCGGCAUCAUGGUCCAGCAGCAGACCCCAGGAACUAACUCGGUGGUUGCACCUAGUUGGCCUGUUGAAAAGGACUUUGACACGGGCCAUCCAGCAGAGGGCGAUGUGGACCGGAGCUACGACCCACCCCGACGUCUGGAGAACAGAGCUUCCUACCCCACCCUCCGCCCUCCCCUCCCCCUCACUCAGGAGCCCUCCAACGCCUCCGCGGCAUCACACGAGGACCAGGCCUCCAGGCCCAAGCUACGUCUCCUGGAGGACCUCUCGGACGCGGGUGGGGGGGCCGGGGGCCCCCACCAGAAGCUGGCCCUGGCGCAGGCCAUCCGGCGACACCAACUGAGGAAGACGUGCGCCAAAUACCAGCCCAGCGUGGCCAAUCGGCUGCUCUCGCGGCGGCAGGUGUCCCGGGUCUACGUGGAGGAACGGUCGCGGCUGCUGUACUGCGAGGUGCCCAAGGCCGGCUGCUCCAACUGGAAGCGGGUGCUCAUGGUCCUGGGGGGCAGCGCCGUGUCCCCCGGGGACAUCCCCCACGAGGCGGCGCACAACGCCAACAGCCUCCGCCGGCUGGACGGCUACGACCGCGCCGCCAUCGCCAAGAGGCUCCACGACUACACCAAGUUCCUGUUUGUGCGGGAGCCCUUCGAGCGGCUGGUGUCGGCCUUCCGCGACAAGUUCGAGAGCCCCAACUCCUACUACCACCCCGUGUUCGGGCGGCCAAUCAUCUCCAAGUACCGGGCCAACGCCUCGCACAGCGCCCUGCGUACCGGCGCCGGCGUGACCUUCCGGGAGUUCGUCCAGUACCUGCUGGACGUGCACCGGCCCGUGGGCAUGGACAUCCACUGGGAGCCCGUCAGCCAGCUCUGCAACCCCUGCCUGCUGCGCUACAACUUCAUCGGGAAGUUUGAGAACAUGGAGGAGGAGGCCAACUUCCUGCUGCGGAGCAUGGGCGCGCCGGGGAACCUCAGCUUCCCCCACUUUAAGGACAGGAACCCCCUGGCGGAGAGGACUUCCUCCACGAUCACCCAGAGCUACUUUGCAAAGUUGAACUCAAUAGAGCGACAGAAGAUCUACGACUUUUACUACAUGGAUUAUCUGAUGUUCAACUACCCCAAGCCCUUUAAGGACCUGCAUUAAGGGCCGAACGGGACUUUGUAUGAUUGUAUGCAGCAGUCUGACUGAAGUGCUGUUGAGGAAACUGUUCAACCUCAGUUGACAGUUUUGGGGAAGCGACUUUGUAUUCAUUGUAGCAAAUAAUUGUACUCUUUUAAAAUGUACCUUAGUUCAUUAUGGUCUACUUCCUCGAUAGAGCCAGCCAGCAGCACUGAGUUGGUGAAUAAAUGAAGCAUCAGUAUCUGGCUGCUGUCUCCACUGAGUGGCUCUGCAGAAUAACGACCCACACCACUGAAUCCAAAGUCGCACCCUCGAACAGCAGGGAGCAAUAUGGGAACAUACACUAGAGACUGCAUCACUAGGUCCUUCUGCAUUCUUAUGUCUGCAUCCGUACCAUUACUAUUGUUGCCUAAUCAGAUAUCAGAGAUUUAAGUACUGGUUGAACUUGAAAGAUUUUCCUGUGUGUCCUUUUUAAUUAUAUAACUUUUUGUGAGUAUUUUAUUUAAUUGGUUUACUUGUAAGCGAAAAGACAAUCCUGUUCCUGAAAUUCAUCGAUAGGCCUUCUUCGGCCAUAUUUAGAGACUUUGUUGUUAUUGGUUUAUUCAAUCUGGCAGUAAGUAAGUUAUACCAUUUUUUUUGUUGAUAUUCUCUAAUUGUAAUCAUUCCAAAUACCACUAGGUCAGGGGUUUCGUCCAUGUGUGUUUAUAUCUAGAUUGCAGACCACCAGAGAGUGUGAAACAGCUUAUUGCAACACAAGGCUAUCGACCUUGGUCUUAAAUUUAAACAAUGCCCCCACUUUUCCCGAACUGCAUAUAGGGCCCUUUGAGUCUAAUGCAAUCCAAGAGUUAUCUGCCUUUAUCUGACUUUAUACGUUUCAACAACAGAAAACUUUAUCAGACGCACCAACGUUUUCAGUAUUACUUGUCUUUGUCUUAGCCACUUUGAAGAUGAGUUUUCAGCCUUAACACUGCCAUUUUGCCUGAUGCAUUUAAAUGUCUUGUUGACGGACUUGUGUAAAUAAAAGUAGCCUCCACAUUGA